GCGCACGUGUGUGUGUGUAAAUAAUUGAUCUCCGUCUCUCGGUCAGGAGGACGUUCGCGGGACGUUUCUCCCUCUAUCCUCCCCAUGUGAUCUCCUCCCCUCCACAGAGCUCACAGCACCCCCACCCCCCACCACCAUACUUCUCCUCCUCCCCCUCCCUCCCCGUGCAGGAAGACAAGGCGGAAAGCAGGAGGGUGAACCAAGGACGUCUUUUCUCGAGCCCCCGGAGCCGGAGAUGCCAGGAACGAGACGCUAUUAGCCCCCGCUGCUGCAGCCGAAGCCCCGCCGCUGGACCCGCGUUGGUGCGUGAGGAGGACCCACCGCCUGCCCGCCUCCCCACCCCGGAGGACGGAGAUCCGCCUAAAGAGGAAUUCUACUAUUGAAUGUGACAUUGACCUGCUGAGGGACGACGGGAAUUAAAAGCCAUCAGCAUGAAUUUCGUUAUGAAACAAGCGUUGGGGGGGGCCACCAAAGACAUGGGAAAGAUGCUUGGUGGGGAAGAGGAGAAGGAUCCUGAUGCCCAGAAAAAAGAGGAAGAACGGCAAGAAGCACUGAGGCAACAGGAAGAGGAGAGGAAGGCCAAAUAUGCAAAAAUGGAGGCUGAGAGAGAAAACCUCCGGCAGGGCAUCAGGGACAAGUAUGGCAUUAAGAAGAAGGAGGAGAAAGAGGCGGAGGCAGCAGCUGCGAUGGAGCAGGCCUCCGAGGGAAGCCUUACCCGUCCGAAAAAGGCCGUUCCCACCGGCUGUGGCGAUGAGGAGGAGGAGGAGGAAAGCAUCGUGGAUACGGUCAUGAAGUUCCUCCCAGCCCCUCUCAUGGAUAUGUUCAAUAAAAAGUAAUAGUGGCUCAGCUGAAAUGUGGUUUAACUUCCUGCAGCGUCCUUCUAAUUAAUGCUGUUACAGCCUGUCCUGCCCCACCCUUUAGCCACAUCUAUCUUCACCACUUUCAACCCAAGGUGUCUUCUGGGUAGCGUGCCAUUAUCUUGUCUUAAAGCUAAGAAGAGUGAUUCGAACUGUUAAGAGCACCGUGAUAGAAACCAUUUUCCAGGGCUCAUCCAUCAUCCACCCUUUUGUUUGUAAAUAGCCUUGGUUGUACAAAAAAAGAGAGACCUAUAUCUAUGAGUGAAAUAUGAUAUAUAGCAAGAUGACCAAGAGUAUAAGCCAUAUUUUUCAAGAAAUUUUCCAAAUCAUAUCAAAAUUUGAUUGAGUUUUACUUUUAAGUUCUUGCUGAUAUUUGAUACAUGCCGUGUAUAUAUAAGCAAUUUUUGGUUUUCAUGGUGAAGAUUCAACUCAUUCUGUCCCUCAUUUAUUCACGGAGAAUGUAAAUCCUCAACUAUACGUUUCAAACAAGCUGUGUAAACCAGAACCUGGAGGAAUUUGUCGGUAAUUAAAUAUUUUUGUUGGUUUAUUUGGGGUUUUUACUCUUUUGCAUGUAGUUUAUGGUUGUGAAGUGAUGUGGACAGAUUUUGUUCCGGUAAAUCCGAAUACAUUGAUAUUUGAGGCAAUAACUGGAUCUCCAUUUUUAUUUAAAACAACAAUCCGCCCGACGUGUUCAGCGUGUCCAGAAAGUUCUUCCAUGGAGAAAACCUCCAUCUGUUAAUCACCUCCUAAAGUCACAGCUUUUAAAGUCCAAUGGCGUCAUUAUUUUUUUAGAUGUUAAAAAACUUAAAGAAAACACACAACUUGUGUUGUGAACACACAUUCUAUGUGAACAGACAGUGACGAUAGUGCAAUAUAUUCUGAAAAAUAUGAGGUUGUCCUGUGUGCGUUAGUUUGACUGAUGGGAGUUGAAACUUAAAUCAGCAAUACCAGACAAUCUUCAUAAUUGUGUGUCAAAAUUUACUCUUUAUUGUGUUGGUAAUUGUCAAAAACACAGAUUGGUCCACGUGUUCUUUUCAAAGCAGGCAGAACAUCUCAACUAAAACUAAACAAAAACCUGGAUUUUGUUCUCGUCACAAAUGGAUUUUCACGGCGACUUUGCCAACGUCGCAAAUCCGACCAUUUCUUUUUCUUAGAGUCAAAAACUGACAUGGCACAAAUUGAAGAAUGUUGAAGACGUAAGAACAACUUUCUUCAGAAUCAUUACACAAGAAUCAUGUCAAACAUUCCAGAUUUUUCUGACAUUCCACACCAGCUCCAGCUGGUUCUACUGACUCACGCAGCAGACAAUGACAGUGGGCCUCGGCUAAUGCCUUGUUCUUCUCCAAUUAGCCUACACUGGAGCUGUCCCUUCAACCGUUUACGCAAUUAACGUAAUUCUAACAGAAUCUGAAGCGCCAGAAUCAGUGGGUUUACAUUUGCGUAAACACUUUACUACUGUUAAGUGUUUCAUAUCAGCGCAAAUCAGAUUUAACGCAAAUACCGGGAUUCCAAAAACCUAAAGCAUUAGAAUCAGUCGGUUUACGUUGAUCAUAUAAACACUUUACUACCAGAAAGUGUUGCAUUGCAGCUGAUUUUCGCUGCAUCAGAAUCCACUGGAAUUACGUUAAAGCUCUGGUGUUAAAGGAUUAAACCAAUGGGUGACACCACCAUUUGUGACAACACUAAUGCUAACAUUGUUUGGUUGCCGUGUGCACAGGACGGAUACAGGACCAUUAAUGUUCUGUUAUUAGCAAUGAGUUAGCUCCUUUUGCGAUUGAACGUGUUGGCUGAUGUUCUUGUAAUCCGCCUGCUGCAAUUGACUCUCGCAAAACUAUUUCACCACUCUCACUGUUUUUAGCUAAGCGCCGAUUUUGGAACUGUUUUCCAGCGCAGUCAAUAGGAGAAAUUUAGCUUCUCUGUGUGUUUGUGAGUUCUAUAAAACGCUAAUGAUGGUGUUUAAAAAAAAUAAAAAGGAUCAAAAAGGAUCAAAUGUGUAAAGCACAUUUACUGGAUUUUGUGUAGUUUUAAUGUACCGGUAGGUCAUACUUGUAAACUGCCUUUGCUAGCCUCUGUAUUUGCAGAUAGUUAGCAACCAGUAGUUAUCCGAUUCAUCCAUUGUCAGAGUAGUUCUAUAAUCAAACCAAAGAAUAGGGCUGGUAUUAUUAGACUUCGUCAACUGAUUUUAGUCACAUCACCCAUUCAUACUUUACUUUAAAAUUCUCAGGUAUUCAAGCUUUAUGCUUUGGUUAGACGUUAACCAUUGUUCGCCUUUGCUGAGAGUAGAAUAGGGUUUUAGUCUAUAUUAACUCGACUUUCUCAUUUUUAGCAUCUUAUUUAGCCAAUGCAUGUCUUUUGAUUAGCCCUGGAAAAUUCUAGAAACACCGAUUACUGCCCAUGAAAAGGACUCCCAAGCAACACAACCUGAAAGCAUCGUAUCUCACUGGGCUGAGACUGUUUUUGAUAAAUUACAGUUUCCUCAAGGACGUUUUAAAAAUGCUUUUUAAAGAUUUGUAGGGAUACUUCAUUUGCUCACACCCAUUGUAGGGCAAAAAUUCUAUUAUAGUUUUUAACAAGAUGAAAACAAGUUUUUGAGCAAAAGACGUUUCAAAAUGUGAUCAAUUCAAUCAAAGUUGUCGAAGGUUUCUUAAACUUAUUAUAAAUGUGUACUUAAUGAAAUUUCCGUGGAUCAAACAGUGAUAGAAGUUUAAGAAAAAUUGAAGGUUAACUCUUGACUUGGCAACCUUUUAAAUACAGAAUUUUCUAUUUUAAGUUGUUCAAAUCUUUUUAGAUGUUUGUUUGUCCAACACUCCAGAGUAAUUCCAAGUUUUAAAAUAAUAAAGUUUAUCAGUUCAGGAGUUUCCUGUGUUUGUCUGCAGCCCAGUGAGACACCGGCUUUAAAUCACAAUCGUGUUCCAAUGGAGGCCUUUCAAACUUGUUUACUCUGAAAUCCGAUCAUGUUUACGUGGAAUCCACCCACUUCAACCAUCCGAAAUGCUUUCGUCAAUACCAUGUAGAUGCUACAUGAUUGCAUUCUGAUGGUUAUGACAUUACUGCCCAACCUAACUGCCCAAGUCACAAGUGAUCACUACUUCGUAUAGUCCAGUGCCAGAAAUGUCCUGCCAUCUAAAGUCAACCCUUUUUGCCACUUACACGGCCAAGAACAGGUUUUAGAAAACACACUGAAAUAUGAAAAAGAAAAAAAAAAACUAGAAGAAAUCUUUGAUGUGACUUGAAUGUAGCCGUCUGAUGUUUCCUCUGUCUCUCUCUGUUCUCUACGUGUUAGGAUGCUUACUCUGGUGCACUGUAUUUCUUCCGUUGUCUGUAGUCAGUCCUGUUUUCUGUCCUCUGGUGUUUAAUAUUUUUGAGGAAAAAAACAAACAUUGUUCAUUUGACACAUUUUUUUUCUACGGCAAAAUCUCUUCAACUCGUGCCCCUUCUUCUCUCUUUCUAUCUCCUAUUUGUUGACGAAAAAUGUAUGCAUGCUUAUGCUGUGUGACGUAGGCAAGGUUGUCGAUAUAACCGUUUUGUGUCCUCUGUGUGUGUGUUUCAGAGCUCUGUUAGCCUCACUGCAUGCCAUUUUAGACAAAUAUUUCAGUCUGUAACCUUCUUGAAAAAAUGGAAUCACCGCACACUAAGAAUAAAGUGAUUUCAUAUGAU